AUGACCGAACCCACAAGCACAGAAGGUCCUACGGCAGAUACGUCAGAAACAGUCUCCCCGUCCGCCACAGCCGUUGCAACAACGUCCACGCCCACCGAGACACCCUCCACAACCAAUCCCAAAGCCGCCCUCGCCGCGCGCAUGGCCCGCUUCAAAGCCCUACAAUCCCAGAAAGAGUCCGGCCGCAAACAGACCGAAGCCGAGCUCCGCGCCGCCGAAGACCGUCCUGCGCGUCUCGCCCAACUCAGCAAACUGGAAGCUGCGAACCAAAAAGCCACAUACAAGCUGCUCAAAGCCGACGACCCUGACUUCGAGCGCAAGCGCAACUGGGACUACACCGUCGAAGAGAGCGAAUCCUGGGACAAGCGGCAAGCGAAGAAGUCGCGGAACAGGGAUAAUGUCAGUUUUGCGGAUUAUCGGGGUGAGGCGAAUAAGGUGUAUAAGCGGCAGGUGAAGCAGAUGGGGGAGAAGGAUCUGGAGGAUUAUGCGAGGGAGAAGGGUGAGAGGCUCCAGAGGCAGGUGAGGAUGGGGUUGUUAAGACUAGUUGAAGAGGGCGGCGAGGUCUUCACAGUAGAUUCGGAAGGGAGGGUGAAUACGCCGGUCGAGGAGCUAUAUGGGCACGACCACAAGCCGAGCAAGGAGGCUGUCGACAAACUUGUGGAAGACCUUGAGAAGGGCGAGAGAGCACGACUGAAGGCCCGGGCGGCUAGAGGGAUUAAUGACGACAGCGGCGAUGUCACGUACAUCAACGAGAAGAACAAGCAGUUCAACGAGAAACUGUCGAGGUUCUAUAAUCGGUACACGACCGAGAUACGGGAGAGCUUCGAGCGAGGAACGGCGAUUUGA